AUGGUUAAUAUAAGAUCGUUUGGUUCGUUAGGCUGCCUCGAGCCGGGAUCUGGACUUAUGAAUUCAUCGAACGGAAUGGAUUCUCCACAAGCUUCAGCUGAUUGUCGUCGACGUUCAUCCGAAUUGCAUUCACCAUGUUCAUCAUCAUCAAAACAAAAAGAAAGUGACAAAACUUAUAGGUCAAAUCAACGACGCUUAUUACCAUCGUCAUCAACAAUUCAACGUUCAUCACGAGAACAUUGCUCUUCAUCAAGGAAUGACGAUCGCUCGCAACGUUCUCGACCAUCUGUCACCUCUGAAAGUUUUUCAUUAAGAAUGAAUUCUAGGCGAAGUGGUAGUAGACGACACACACGUCGAACAUAUGAAAAAACAGAUUCUACCGAUUCAAGCGAUGGUUCACUAAACAGGGGAACUAUAUCUUCACAUCAUCAACAUCGCCAAUACAAUCAUUCGUCUGCAGCUAGUCAGUCAGUCUUGUCAACAGUCAAAUUAGCACCACGACGUGUAGUUGAUACGAAUGAAAGCAGUUCUGCUUCUGCUUUAUCAAAUUUUAAUGAUGGAAGUACGACUGUUGCAACUCAUGCUACUUCUGCUUCAUCUGCUGCAGUCUCAUCAUCAUCUACAGCGUUUCCACAACUUUCAAGUAGUGCACAAGGGAUGCAAGGAGUUUAUAUAUCGAAUUUAUCGUCGUCUCGAAAUGAAACGUCUUUAAAAGACUCAUUAAUGCAAUCGUUUCGUAAGUAUGGCAAAAUAAUUCAUAUAACUUUUGAUAUAGAGAAAAGUGGGAAUUUUAAUGAGUACAAGCGAGCACUUAUUAUUUUUCAAAGAUUAAAUGUGGAUAUAGAGAAGGUGCUUUCGGAUCCUCAUGUUAUAUUUGGAUUACGACCAAAGGUGAAUUUGGCUAGUGCCGUAGUUGUUAUGGAAGCAUACAAUGAUUUUUUGGCUAUGACCAGUGCGCAGGCUGCUGCUCUACCAUCAGCUAAUGCUUUAUCCGAUGCUUAUUCUAGACAUUCUUCAAAAGUCAGUUCUUUUUGGGAUUUUUUGGAUUCUUAUCAGGAAUCAACAGCAGCAGCAAUAACGCCAUCAGUUGUUGAUGCGUGCGAUGCGAAAGCAUCUCGAACACUCUAUCUUGGUGGUCUAGAACGACGUACAACUGAAGAAGCAUUACGUUCUCGUUUUUCAGAAUUUGGCAAUAUUUUAGACAUUGAUUUGAGAAAUCUGGAUAGCGCCUUUCCAAUAGCAUUUAUACAAUAUUCUGACAUUCUUUCGGUUGCACGUGCAAUCAAUUCAAUGUCUUCGCAAAAUAUGAAUAAUAAAAACCGCAUCAAAGCUUAUUGGGGACGUUCGGCGCCUAGUAAUAAAAUUUGGAUAUCUGGUAUUCCAACAAACAGUUCUUUAGAAUAUUUGCGCGAAAAAUUUCGUUCAACACUUUAUGAUAGAUCUGGUGAUAUAAACUAUGAUUCGCGUUACAAUGAAGCACUCUUAACAUAUCCAAGUGUAGACGCUGCACGUGAUGUUUUUUCGCUUGUGAGACAAAAAAAAAUAAGACUUUGGAAUGUAGAAACAAAACGUGAUGUCGAGAUUCAAGUUGAUUUCUGCUCCGAUAAGCUCCAAUCAUUUUUCUUCGAUCGCAAAUAUCGAUUUGAACGAGGAACAACUGAAAAUUCAGGCGCGAAUUUUAUAAGUUCUUUAACUAACAGCAAGUCAUCAAGUUCUAUUUUGCCUUCAUCAUCAGUGCUUAUUCCACCUCCACUUCCACCAAGUCAUUUAAAGGAAACAAGGAAUUUAGAUAAUAAGAAGAAAUUUCUCGUUGCUGUUUUUUUGAAUGAUUGCCGCAAAAAUUCUUGGAAUAGUUCAAGACGACGAAGAAAUUGCGACAAAAAUUCUGGGCGUAACUUUUCUGGAAUUUCGCAUCAUUUUUCGUCUGAUGAACGAUCUCGAAAAUAUGAUGAAAGAAGGAGGCAUCGUAAAACAUCGUCAACCUCAUCCAGUGGAUCCUUAUCAUCUUCGUCAAGCUCUUCGUCAUCAUCGGACGAAUCACGUUCAAGUGAUACAACUGCAAAAAAACGUAUUCAUGACAGUGGCCAUUCUCAGCAGUCAAGUCAACAAAAAGAAAUUUUGUGCAAUUUUCAAAAUAUCUGUGAACGUCAGUUAAAAAUCGAUAUUUCCAAGAAAGAUAGUACUCAAAUACGUCUACAGUCGCAAAAUUCUGAGCUUGUGAAAUUGAUGCCACCACCAGUUCCCUCUGCGGAAUUUCUUGAUCCUAUGCCGUUUUCUACCGAGAUUCCGACAUGCGAUGAAACUAGAAAAAAAGAGAGUGAGGCGUGUUCAAGUAAAGAAUUGAAAACUGUUGCUAAAUUGGCACCAAUGUCAUCUGUGAAAAGAAAUCAACCGUCUUCUUCAAUAAAAGGAAAAGUUGUCUAUCGAAGUCCUUCGAUUACUGAAGCUACAGUUACAUCUCUUGAAUUGGGGAAUGAAUCUCGAAUUAUCUCAAACAAUCAAAUUGAAGAAAUUGCCAAUACACUGGUUAAUGUAAUUCAACAUAAUUCGAAGCCUUCUGGUAAAAUUAUAGUAUCAGGAAAUCAAUCGAUUAAAGUAAAAAGUGUAGGGACUCGUUUAUCAGCAGCACAGGGUUGUAAUUUCUUCCUCUCUUCGCAGAAAUCAUCAAAUGAAUCCAAAUGUCAUUCAUUAUCCAGUGGAAGCGGUACAUCAAAGCGUAUAAAGUGGCCAUGGGGAUUUGAACCAAUCAAACCAGCCGUUGAAAUCCCACUGGAAUUGACGGAUUUAACAGACGUUCAUGAUCCACGAAUUUUCUCUUCACUUCAAAAGACGCAACAGAAAUUGCCAUUACCAAGGUUUGCUAGUGACACUGUAGGACGUAACCUCAUCGAUUCGUCAAUUCGUCGUCGUCCCGAGAGUUGUCGACCGAAAACAUUGGUGCCAUCGGUCAAUCAUAUUCUUCUUCAAUUUACCAACGGUAAUCUUGAUCAGUCGAUAGCUGCGGAUUCGAGCCCAUUGCAACAUUUGGGCCCAGUAAAAAGACAUCCAUCAUUAUCGAGAUCAGAUACAAGUAGUAGUGAUGCAAUGCUUUCACCUGAUGCACCUACCACGUCAUCUCUACAUGCAUUGCCGCCGGCAAAUAUUGAUAUUUUUGGUGAACAUUCAACAAUCAGCGAUUCAAAUAUACAUUUGCGUGAAAGAAUUUUUGCAUUACGAGCAAAAUUCGAUCAUGUUGAUGAGAAAUUUCAAAAAACUAAAUUAUCUUCACAAAUAGAUUUCGAAAAAAAGUCAUCACCUUCUCAACGUUCUACAAAAUUCACAGAAGAACUGGAAAGAUUAAAGGCGAAAAAUUUGUCUGUACCAGCUGAACUUUGUCCUUCAAAAGUCCCAUCUACUUCUACUAAUUUCAUAGAAUCAGUAAAAAAAGUUGGGAAACCAGAUAUAACAAUUACUUCCUCAAUAACAGGAACUACGGAUACGUUUUUAAAAUCGAAGCCAUUAUCAAUCUUUAUUCCGCAAUCAUCAGUGAUUCCUUUGAGCGCAAAUGCUUCAGAUGAAAGUUUAUCUCCGUCACUUACAUACGGACGAUUGAAAAAACCACCAGAACCACCGAGCCCAACUGCAUUAAUGCAGUCAGCAUUUAUUGCAUCUGCUAUACCUCCUCAUUGUACCACCUCCACCGAUUCCUCAGCCGCCUUUGCUGUCGUCUUCGCACAUUUCAGCAAAUGCUAA